AUGUUGAAUCCGUAUGAAAGACUGAGACAGAUGAGAAAGGAGAGAGUAACAGUUGUUCUUGUCUGUAGCGCUCCCGUGGGUGCGUUUCUCCCACGGAGGAACUUGCCCUUUUUUUGCGCAAUUGAAAAAGCCCCCGAUCGCUCUCUUUCGGCCUUAUCACGUGUUUCUACGAAAACCGGGUGUCUGGACGAUGAGUUUCUUGCUCCACGAUCCAGACACCAGCGGAGAACGAAAAAUCACGGUUCAGAUCUGUUGGUAGCGCAUUCAGUCCCUGUCUGGUGUGCAUGCAUGUCCGGAUUCUCACAGCAGGAACGUCGCCCUCUUGCUGAUUUCUCGAGAGGUUUCAGUUCAGAGUUCAAGGACUGUCUCAGUGCUCUUUCUCCAAAAGCAGAUUUUUUCGUUUGUCGUUGUCUACUCCUUUCUUUUCGAGCUGCCGUCCGUGUGUCGGUUCUUUCGCCACUGAAACGGCGCUUCUCCUGCGCGCCCAGGAUUGGAGGGUGGCGCUUGUUUCUCCGGCCUCCACGGUCAUUCAUACCUCUCUUGCUUUGGAUGCAAUCACUGCGUUUUGCUCGCGUAACAAAGUCUCCAUUUCUCUCCAGUAUCACCGAAUUAAAGGAAAAUGCGUCGACUAUCGCCAGUGUGUGCAAGCACUCUCUGCACACGGGUUCCCUUUCAGAAGACACCCGCGAGGGCGGUCUCUUUUGCCCAGCAGGUUUUCCUUCGCCUUUCCGUGCUGCUGCCGGUCUGUCCUUGUCGUUCACUCUCUGUACACACAACCUUUUCGACUCGGAACUAGACUCUUGUGAUAAGCGACAAUCACUUUCUGUUGUUCACAUUCGUCCACGCCCUCUCUUCCCCUACCUACCCUCCAUUCGUUCCGCAGAACCCACAGUGUACUGGACCCCGACAUCUCCCAACAGACGCUGCUCUCCUCUCCGUCGAUUCGCACUCACUUGUGCGUCAGUUUCAUAUCCUUUUUCAUAUUCCAGAAGUGACCUUCUUUUCUCCUCGCGCGCUCCCGUCCUGUCUCACCUUUGUGAGGCUGUUUCCCCAAGCGUCGCAGAGUUGCCCAGCAUGCCUUUUUGUGCUCGGCGCCUGCGGUCCGUCCCUGGGGCUUCCGCGCGGAGUGCCUCAGAGGCUUCUUUGUUCCCAAUCUCCUCCAAGGUGCCCCGGCCAGAAGUGGAGUCCAGCGAAACGCAGGGAUCGCAGGCGUCUCCAGACUCUCUUGUCGGACCUUCCCCAGCCGGGCCGCGCGCUGAAGGCGAGACUUGUGCAAUGGAUUUCUACAGCGACUAUUUCUUGAAAGAUACGCGUGGCGACAGUGAUGCACCUGAAACCUGCGUCUCCGUCCAGCCUCCUCACCUGUGCCGGGGUCGACGAACAAGUCGAUCCAAAGCGCCAGGUUCCUCGAGAACUUCGACACCCAGAAUAAGGUGUGAAGAAGGCAGAUCUCCUUCGCCUCUCCGUUCGAGAAACCAUGCGAGCGGCGACGGGAGUUCGAGAGAGAUGAAUCCUGUCGCGGCAGCUGAGGCUGCGGCCGUCCGCGAACGGGUCGCAGAGGAAAUGGGAGAGAUCGCAGAGGCUGCAGGGCGACUUUUUGAUUUGGGAGGCGAACACAGAGAAAGAGCAACUGCAUUUCUCUAUAGGGGAUGCGCUGCGCAAGUCGCCACUUCGACUGCGGGCAUGUAUGGAGAGAUGGUUGAGAGCUCGGUCCGCCAGGUUGUUCAGUACAUGAGGCACUACGGGGGGGAUGAAUUUAGCGUCUUCCUUGAUCUCGGAAGCGGUCGCGGAGCUCCGUCUUGCAUUGCUCUUUACCAGCAACCGUGGUUAGCAUGUCUCGGCAUCGAGAAGUGCCCCCAAGCCUAUUCGCUGUCUCUGGAGACGCACUGGACGGUUCUUCGAAGAGAAAUGAUGCAGGCGGAGCUUAUUGCCCCGCCUCCGCGUUUCCCGUCUGUCCUCUGCGCUUCGCAAAGAUGCGCCAGCGAAGCCGACGGUGCCCAUACAGCGGACGACUCCGGAGAGGCGACUGCCCAGAAACAGGCGUCUCGCUGGACUUCCGGGGCUCUCUGUGGGAGGGGGCGUCCCGGCGGCCGAGUCCCUGAGCGCCGUCUAUGCUUCACGCAAGAAGAUUUGUCGGCUUUCUACCACCUGGAAGGUGUGACGCAUGUCUACUCUUUCGACGCUGCGAUGGAGGGGGCUCUCAUCAACUGGAUCGUGCAAAUGUUCAUGCGAACCAAAACGUGGUAUCUGUAUGCGUCGUUCCGCAGCGAUUUGAUUUCGAAGUUCGAGUUGAAAGGAGCGUCGCUCGUCGGGCAAGUGAGCAGCAGCAUGUGGGUUUCGUCUGAAGGCCGAACCACGUACAUUUACGUAAAGGACGACUGGCGCACAUGCAAAGCGUAUCACCGUCGGUGGCUUUCUCAGUUUCUCUUCUCCAGCAGCGUCUCAUCGAAGACGCCAACAGGCGAGGCCGGAGCGCCGGGAGUCUCGAAGCCCGAGGCUUCUGGGGCGGCUGUGGGCUUCCAGGAGGAGCAGAACUUGGCCGCCAAGGUGCUCCAGAUGACGGCGGCGGAAACCUUUCGACUGUUGUGUGUUCAACAAGAAGCGAUGUGGGACGAGUUCGAGAACCGGGACCGAACGCCGUCGAGAAGCAGAUGUCCGCUCCAGGCGCAGCGCGAGUGCGAUGCGUCGCUGCGGUCGCCCUCGUCUCCCUCUCCCGCGAGCGAGACGAGAAGCCGGGGAAGAAGCACUAGCAGACGAAGAGCGAGCAGCGUGAGCGGAGCUAGCCGACACCUGCAGCUCCAGACACUGCAGCUGCAAGCAGCUAGCCACUGUUGCGCAGAAGACAGGCUGCCUGACUGUCUCCGAGUCCACGGGCGUAUCUGGGCGACGGAACAAGAUUUGGAGGAGAAAGAGCCGAGAGACGUGGAGAGGCGAGAAGCGGUUCCUCGCGACACCAAAGGGGAGUUUUCCACGAGCGAGGAGAACGAAGAGAAGCUGCUACGUCACGCCGUGAAGACCUUUAGGGCUUCAUUCGUACGCAUGUCCAAGUGGCUGCAGCCUCUGACCGUGCUGGACAUGCUUCGCCUGGCGUUUUUGCCUGGUGAAGGUCAGGAGGCUUGGCUGGAACAACGCCAGCAACAGCUCACGGGCGGAGGCGUCUUAACGCGAACUCGGCGGCCGACCGCUCGCGGCUUUGAUGAACAAGAGCGACGGAAAGAGGAACUGGAGAGAGACGGGCUUCUGGAAAUGUUGGCAAAGGCUGAGAACCCUCAGGAGGCGGCAAUGUGUCGCCGGAAUCUCGAGCUGAAACUGGAAACGACCAGGCGAGAUCGCUAUUCGAUUUUCCCCUUCAGCCUCCUACAGGACUCAGAGCUCUCUCCAGAACUUCUGACGCGUGUUAACGAAGAUGCACAGGCAGUCGCAGAGUCGCUCGCCCACCUGCUGUCUUCUCCGUCGCCUCGCACCUCAUCUGUUUCCCCCCUUUCGUCCCCCCUUUCUGCGAGAAGGCACUCCGCCGUCGCCCCGGUGUCUGUACAGCGCAAGUCGCAGGGCUUGCCUGUGUCUCCGCAGAAGCGAGACCUUCGCGUGCGUGUUGUUGACGCUGCGCAAACGGUCUCGCCCUGUCGGCCCAGAUUUUCUGCGCAGCCAAACACCUUGGGCGAGUGGAACUGUCAAGAUAGCAACAUGGAAGAUGUCGAGCAAAGUGUGUCUUUCUUGGGUGGGUCGCAACCCUCGGUGAUGCCGUCUUUCGAUUCCACGCCUCGUCGCCGCAGCCGCCGCUCAUCGCCUCACAAGGAGCUGACGAGCUGCCGGCGAAAGUCCGAAUUGUCGCCACAAAUAAGCUCGAGAAAAGAAAAAAACGAACAUACACCUUCGCCGCCGCUGAAACGGCGCGGAGCCGGCAAUCCCGAAGAAAGCAAGGCAAUGAUAAGCGAUCCGGCCAGUUCCCGGAUGACUCCCAAAACUCGUGCAGCCUACAAACUGAUGGAAUUGGGAUUCGACGCCUUGGAAAUACGCACUGCCCUCAGUCGCCGCAAGCGACGCAUGCCUGAAGGUCUGGAUAACUGA